AUGAACCAUAUCAAUAUUUUCACAAAAGGCGCCUUAGAUCGGACCACGCAGUCCAGUAUUAUGCCAGAUAUUGCUCUAGGAGACACGGGCCCGAAGAAUGACAAUGACGACCUCCUUGCUGCAAAGAAAGCAAGCUCAACCGCCAUGCAAACCGACGCCUCGGCGAGAACCUUCCACCGAUUCGGCGAUCUGCCCCCAGAAAUUCGAGCCAAGAUCUGGGCAAUGGCCUGGCCUAUGCGCGCGGCUAUCCCGCUGAGGCCCAGCUGGACCAACGCUCAGCUAGAUGACUUUGCUCAAAAUGUUGUCUUCAGGGAUGAGAUGGUCCGCACGAAGUUUUGGUUCAAUAAAAAUACCGAUGUAAUAUUCUUCAACGGGGAGUCCAUAACUCGUCUGUCGAUUGUUUCUGGCCCAUUCAAUUACGAUGACGUCUUCCAGGCAGCUCUCGACCCUGCCACUACCUUUCUCCUUCAUGUAAAUAUCCUUGAUGCAUGGAUGGAGCCCGAAGAUGGAUUUCGUUUUCUGCAAAAUGGACUCCGGUCUCUCUACGAUCGAUACCUCAAAACCAGAGACCACAUCUAUAUCUGUGUUGGUGGGUUGCCGAUCCUUUUGUACACCGACGAGGGACGGCGCAGGGCCGUUCGUGAAGGUCUGUUCUCCGGCGACGAUGAAGAGCUCCGGUUUGUUCCCGUCAAUGACAAGGCACUGAUCAAGAAGUACGAGGCCUCGCGGCAUGAUUUUCCUUCCAGGGAGAAUCUUUCGGAUGCACAGCUGGUCAUGCUCCAGAUAGCUGACUUCUUGAUGUGGGAUAAAGGACUUGGCUACGGCAAGGGUGAAGAGAUCAUGGAGCUGGACGGUCGUCUCAAGAAGGACCACCCACUAGUCCAGGAGCAUCAGUUCAGGCUGCCGGAGUUCACUCCAGUACUCGUCUUUGAGACGAUGACACAAGAAAUGGGCGACUGCAGCAUCAUGCUAGACCGGCUACCCAGUAUGCGUCCCAAAUACCCCGAAGAGGAUUCGUCGCGCGCAAGACUCUUCUUGCGUCGCUGGUGGCUGCGUCGCUGUUGGGAUCCUCUAAUGGAGCUAUGGUCAAGAUUCCGCUGA